AUGAGAGCAAACGGCCAGCUUUAUCUGCGGGAACUCUUGGCCGGAACAACCCUUUGCCACUUAAAAUACUUGUCAGAAGAGCAAUGCCAUCUGAACUUCUGUUUGAAACAUCGGCAUCCUCUCGACCACGACUGCAAUACAAGCGAGCAGCCUGAAACGUCUCUCUCGAAACCAGGUCAUGCUGCCAUUUUGAGAGCUCAGGGAACAUCGAAAUCGAGUGCGAAAGCACCUACCAGCAGAGCAAUGCCCAACGCUCGGGCAAAUGGGCUAAACUCACCGGCUCGCUCAAACGACAGUGAGAUGCAGAGAACGCCGCCAAGACCCGUCCCUUCAGCUGCCUCGGUGCACGGAGGACUGACGGAAGAGCAGGCACUGCAGAGAGCAUUGGAGAUGUCGCUGUCUGAAUCCUCAAGAACAUCACCUCCGUCUCUCAGCCCUCAGGAACAGGAGGAUUUGGCAUUAGCCCAGGCCAUCGCUGCCAGUGAGGAAGAAUUCCGCAGACAAGCACAGCAGACACCGCAGCGAAACUCAAGGUCCCUGCCCUGUAAACUGUCCUGACCCUGGCAUUGUGACGUUUUGCCGGUGCAAACCUCGGGAGUCCAGGUCCCCUGAUGGACGAACGCAAACAGAACAUAGACCGGGGCCACGGCAGCGGGCAGUUCUGAACAUUGAGAGGGCGGCCGUGGGCUUCAAUGAAAUAACCUAACCCUCGGUUCACUCUGAUUCUAUGAUUGUAUGAUUCUACUAAUGGAAUGUAUAUUCUCUGAACUCGUUCAAUUCUUGUAAGUGGUUAAGAGGGCGACGCAACGGAGCAGGGAGCACAGUUAGCGGUAUGCAUGCUUGCAGUUAUUGUAUUUAAUCAUGAUUAUUUCUUUCAAAGUUUUGUCAGGAUUUUAACCUGUAUUUAAAAACUAACUUUCUGGGUUGACGUGACCAGCAAUGGGCUUUGUGCAGGUGCGUCUCAGGUGAUCUUGGGAGUUGGAUAGACUCUGAUGGCACUUUUCUUUGAGUGUUAGCAAUUGAUAAAUAUUACUUACUGUGCCUGAAAACUAGCACCACCUUGAAGCUUGCAGCCAGCGAACGUUGUCGGGUCUAUUUCCUCAGUAAAGUUACGGAUUAAAUUGGUUUUGGUUUCUAAACACCGCCACAUGUUUAUCAAACGUCGGCUUUCGAUUGAAAAUUCAGGUUUUAAAGUUUCACUGGCUUGAAAUCCAGUGUAUGUAUAUAUAUAUAUAUAUAUUAAAAAAAAUCGACUAUCAGUCGAUUUUGGAGUUGCUUUGGGGUUAACCAUCGUAUCAAACGUAGCGAUAACUUUUUUUCACAUCCACUGCUGGCUUCAUUUAAGGAGAUUUGUGCUGAAACCUGCUUUGUUGAGUAAACUUGUCAGUUAUCGCUUUUGCUUUGUAAUGGCUGGUUUGCAUUGCCGCCUGCCUAUGCCUCGAGUCAGCCUUACCUUCAGAGAGUAGGAACAAGAGGAGGCCAUUUAGCCUGCUCUGCACACACCCUUUGCCAUUUCCCUUCAUAUUUUUAUCCCCUGAGUAUCCGUCUCGCAAGUGAAUUCCUCAAUCAAUUUAUCAUCAGUGGAUUUCUGGGGCAGUGCAUUACAGAUACGUCUAGAAACCACAGCAUGUAGUCUCACCUCAAACGUGCGCCUGUUCACAGACGUGUCCGAGAAAGUACUGGAGGGAGCCCUACCCCAGAGGGCUAAAUUAGAUAUGGUAAAAGAGAGGAGGGGAAAAAAUUAUUCCAUGAAGUCUUUGUUCAGUUAUGAACACUUAAAAUUAAAGUUUUCUUCCUCCACACUGAAAUCUACUUAUGCAGGUUGCUGUUUACUGUGACAUAAUAUGGAGCCGGUCAUUACUGAGUAGCGAAAGAUUCCGCAGGGCUGACAAUACAAAUUAUUUGCCGGGACACAAUGUGGCUGUAGAGAUGAUCACCAAACAACCAAAGAAUCCCUGUCUGACAUGAAUCGCUCUUGGGUUUGAGUCUCACAUUGGGGCUGACUCUCCAGUGUAGGAGCGGAGAGCGUUAGGGAAAGUGCUGUCUUUCGUACAAGAAGUCAAACUGAGUUCCCAUCUGCCUGUUCAGGUAGCUGUUAAAUGAUCCUGUGAGACUUUUUUUGUGGGGGGGAAAAACAAGGUGAAACUUCUCCCACUGUCCUGGCCAACAAUCCCCCCAGAUACAUUGGUCAUUUACCCCAUGGCUGAUUGAGGGAGACCUUGCUACUAUUAAGUGGCUACUGCUUUUGCCUACAAAACUAUUCACUACACUUGUUAGUAAAUUGCAUGCAGAGUGCUUUGUGAUGUUUUGACACAUUAUAAUAGGGUAAUACAGGAAUGCAAGUUGCUCCACAACAAAGAUUUAACAAUUUGAAGGAGCUAUUUUGAACUUGGAUCCAAUUUUUAAGUGCAUGGUAUAAGACCUACCUGCUAAACAGAGACCCAAGCUUUGAAAGGUUUUAAAUAGUUCUUUGUACAACUUACAGGUCUUUGCAUCUUUAAAACCCGCAUCCCUUCCCUUUUAACGCAGUAUAAAAUGUUUUUAUUAUGCCAUUCUACCUGUUCUGGGGACAGUGCAACAGAUCUGUUGGGGUCUCUCUCACUCUGUUUCAUGUACCUUUUGAAUGAGCUUCUGCAAUCACUACCUUAUUUAUUGAGUUGAAAUCAGACUCCCAUUCUGAUUAUGCUACACUUGUAAUUUAUUUGAAAGUUGAAAUACAAUUUUGCCAUGAUUACU